AUGCUUCUUGCUGGCCCUCUGACAAAACAGCUAAGUUCAGACAGUGGAGUGAAUGAAGCCUUUGACUGCAGUCAUCCCAUACCUCCUGGCUCUAGACAGUACUUUCAGUACCUCCAGAGUAGAGGGGUGACUCACUUCAAAGUGCCUCUGUCGUGGGCUCAGCUUCUACCUGCAGGCCUCCCCAGCCAGCCCCAACAGGCCGUGGUUACUUGUUACCAGACCCUGCUGAGACAGCUGCUGGAGGUGGGCCUUCAGCCUCUGGUUGUUCUUCAUGACUCCACAGUGCCAGUUGCUCUGAGAUCAAAGUAUGGAGGCUGGGAGAGCCAGGGGCUGGUGGAUAUGUUUCAGCAGUAUGCAGAGUUUGCCUUUCAGGAGUUCGGAGCACUGGCACAAUCAUGGGUGACACUGAGUGAUUUGGAUAAUGUUUGGCGUGACUUGGACUCUGCAGAUGUUCCCAAACCUUUGCAAAAUGUCCUCCAGCUCAACAGGAACAUUUACCAGCUCUACCAUCAAUGGUCUCCUGAUGCAGGGAGGCAUCUGUCAAUUGGGUUGAGAGCUAGAGAUGUGGCCAUUAUUUCUCAGAUCAAAGCUUCAACAACAAUGGAUUUCCUGUCAGUGCAAAUUGAAUAUAACUGUGCCUCCACAUCAAGCUUUGCAAAGGAACUGAGGAGCUUACAGAUGUCCAGUGGGAACUUGCCUAUCCUGAUAUACAAGAUGACUGUUCAUGAUUGUUCCUACAGUCAGUUCCAGCUCCUUGGGGAUUUCCUGCAAGUCCUGAACAACAAUGACCUGAAUAUUGUGGGAUGUGACAUGAAGGACAUGUUGGGUAAGCUGGACAUGGAGGAUGCUCAGGCCAGCAUUGAAGGCAACACAGGGAUGACAGGGUUCAGAAACAAUUAUCAGAGUGUGUGGGAUAAGUUUGAGGCCCAGACUACAACAGAGCGAGAUGCUUUCCUCACAGAAUCCUUCCCUGCUGACUUCCAAUGGGCCACCUCCAGUGAGUCCUUCAAGGUUGAAGGUGGCUGGUCAGAAGGUGGAAAGGGAGAGACCAUUUGGGACCGCUUUGGUCACAAAGGCCUGGCCAGUGUGAAUCAGACAGCUGAUCUAGCUUGUGACAGUUUCCACAAGGUGGAUUACGAUGUCUACCUCCUGAGAGGUCUUCAUGUCAACAACUACCAGUUUUCCAUCUCCUGGGCUCGUAUUUUCCCCUCAGGCCACAGAGGCAGCCAAUCAGAAAAAGGGGCUGUCUACUAUGACAAGCUCAUCAAUGCACUCAUUGAAUCUGGCAUACAACCUGUGGUCACUCUCUACCACUGGGAUCUGCCUCAGGCACUUCAGGACUAUGGUGGAUGGACCAACACUUCCAUUGUUGAAGCCUUCAAGGACUAUGCAGACUUUUGCUUCUCCAGGUUUGGAGACAGAGUCAAGACCUGGAACACAUUCAGUAGCCCCUGGGUGGUGAGCCAUGCUGGCUAUGGCACUGGCAAACACCCCCCUGGAGUAAAGGACUAUGUGGUUGCAUCCUAUCAGGUCACUCACAAUCUGCUCAAGUCCCAUGCUGAGGCCUGGCAUGUCUACAAUGACAAGUACCGGAUGAAACAAGGAGGGAAAGUGGGCAUUGCAUUGAACUCUGACUGGGCUGAGCCCAUGGACCCGUCCAGACCUGAAGACAUAGCAGCUGCAGAUCGCUACCUGCAGUUCAUGCUGGGCUGGUUUGCACAUCCCAUAUUUGUAGAUGGAGAUUAUCCUGCAACACUCAAGACUCAGGUUGAAGAGAAAAGAAGAGAGUGUCCCCACUCUGAGCCUGCAAGACUUCCAGUUUUCACUUCUGAAGAGAGAAAGAGGAUACAUGGAACAGCUGACUUUUUAGGGUUAAACCACUAUACCUCCCGUUUGGUCAACAAGAGUGAUGGAGGCUGCACCCCUGGUAUUCAGGGGGUUGGUGACCUCCAGGCACAUGUGGACCCAUCAUGGUCCUCUACAGCUUCUGACUGGAUAUAUUCAGCACCAUGGGGUCUCCGAAGGCUUCUAAACUACAUUUCCGCAGAAUACUUGAAUGUUACCAAAGUGCCUAUCCACAUAACUGGGAAUGGGAUGCCUACUGAGCACAGCGGGGACACUUUCAAUGACACCAGCAGAAUAGAGUACAUGAGGAGUUACAUCAAUGAGGCCUUGAAAGCUAUACAUUUGGAUGGAGUAAAUGUGCAGCAGUUUACUGUCCAGUCACUCAUGGAUGGCUUUGAGGGUCCACAAGGAUACAGUGAACGCUUUGGACUCCACCAUGUCAACUUUGACCUGCCUGACAGACCCAGGACUCCAAAGCAAUCUGCCUACUUUUACUCCCAAGUCAUUGAGAAAAAUGGUUUUGCUUCCAAAAGCCUGAUGGUACCUGCACCAGAACUGAAAAACAUAAGGUCAAAUAAAGUUUCCUCAAUGCCACCCUCCACCGUCCCAUCACAAGCCAUGGAUGUCUGGAGGAAAUUCUCAAAACAAAGCAAAUUUCAGAGAAAACUCUACCACUAUGGUACCUUCCCAAAAGGCUUCAGUUGGGGAGUAUCGUCAUCAGCUUACCAGAUUGAAGGUGGCUGGAAUGCAGAUGGGAAGGGGACCAGCAUCUGGGAUACAUUCACCCAUAAACCUGGCAGUAUUCCUGGUAAUCCCAGUGGAGAUGUGGCCUGUGACAGCUACCACAGACUUGAUGAAGACCUCUACAUGCUACGAGCUCUGAGGGUGAAGUCCUACAGAUUCUCUCUGUCCUGGUCCAGGAUUUUUCCUGAUGGUCAGCGUACCUCACUGAACCAGAGAGGUGUUGACUACUACAAUAGACUCAUUGAUGGCCUCGUAGCGUAUAAUAUUACACCCACGGUGACACUCUAUCACUGGGACCUUCCUCAAGCUUUGCAGACCCUCGGUGGAUGGGAAAAUGUAGAUAUGAUUAACAUUUUUAAUGACUUUUGUGACUUCUCCUUCGCCACCUUUGGAGACAGAGUGAAAUUUUGGAUCACCUUCAACCAGCCUUACACAAUUGCAUGGUCAGGAUAUGGACUUGGACAGAUUCCACCAAAUGUUAAAAAGCCAGGACUUGCUCCAUAUAGAGUUGCACACAACCUGAUAAAAGCUCACGCCAAGGCCUACCACACAUAUGACAAUAAGUAUCGCAAAUCCCAAGGUGGUCUAGUAUCCAUUGCCCUAAAUGCUGAUUGGAUUGAACCUAAAGAUGUUAACGUUCCCAGAGAAGUGGCGGCUGCUGACCGCGCUCUUCAGUUCCAACUGGGCUGGUUUGCACACCCUAUUUUCAAGAAUGGUGACUAUCCUGACGCAAUGAAGUGGCAAGUUGGAAACAAAAGUGAACUCCAAGGUCUUUCAGAGUCAAGACUACCUUCCUUCACUGAGGAAGAAAAGAGCUUCAUCAGGGGAACUGCUGACAUGUUCUGUGUAAAUCACUAUACUACAAAGAUUGCACGUCAUGCUACCUUGAGACUUACCCCACAAUCUUAUGAAUAUGACCGGGAUUUGUCAGAAGAAGAGGAAGGUGAUUCACCAACUACUGCCAUCAGUAAGCAGAGAGCUGUAGCAUGGGGCCUGAGGAGACUCCUAAACUGGAUCAAAGAGGAGUAUGGAGAUCCAGAGAUUUACAUUACUGAGAAUGGUGUAGCUACAGAAUCCAAGACAACUUGGGAUGACUCUGCUAGAGUAUUUUAUUACAAGACCUAUGUUGAUGAGGCUCUCAAAGCCUAUGACCUUGAUGGUGUGAAGGUGAAAGGAUACAUAGCAACAUCUCUCAUGGAUUCCUUUGAGUGGCUUAAUGGGUACAAAGUUGGAUUUGGGUUACACCAUGUGGACUUCACCAACCCACAUCGGCCAAGGACACCCAAGUACUCAGCUCAUUUCUACUACCAGGUCGUAAAGGACAAUGGUUUCCCUUCACCAGAUGAUGAGAAGAUGCUCUAUGGACAUUUCCGCAAAGAUUUCAUUUGGAGUACUGCAACAGCGUCGUACCAGAUUGAAGGUGGAUGGAGAGCAGAUGGAAAAGGUCUAAGCAUCUGGGAUAAGUUUUCUCACACUCCUCUCCGUGUGUUCAGUGAUGACAAUGGGGACAUAGCCUGUGACAGUUACAAUAAAGUAGAGGAGGAUGUUGCUAUAUUGAGGCAACUUAAGGUGACCCAUUAUCGUUUCUCCAUAUCUUGGCCGAGGGUGCUUCCUGAUGGCACUACCAAGCACAUCAAUGAGGCUGGACUCAACUACUACCACAGACUGGUGGAUGCACUGCUUGCUGCAAACAUCAAACCUCAUAUCACACUCUACCACUGGGAUCUUCCGCAAGCUCUGCAGGAUAUUGGGGGCUGGGAGAAUGAGACGAUUAUUGCCAAAUUUAAGGAUUUUGCUGACCUCAUCUUUAGCCGCCUUGGCCACAAAGUCAAAUUUUGGAUCACCAUUAAUGAGCCAUACAAUAUAGCCAACGUAGGCCAUGGCUAUGGCGCAGCUGCCCCAGGAAUCAGUUUCCGACCAGGCACUCUGCCCUACAUUGUGGGUCACAACCUGCUUAAAGCUCAUGCUGAGACCUGGCACCUCUAUAAUGACAAAUACCGGGCCAAACAGAAAGGAAUUAUCUCAAUCACCAUCAACUCUGACUGGUCAGAACCCAGAAAUCCCUACAAGCAGGAGGACAUUGAUGCUGCGAGACGUGUGGUGCAGUUCUAUAUUGGCUGGUUUGCCCAUCCCAUAUUUAAUGGAGACUACAGUGACAUGAUGAAGACAAUCAUUCGAGAGCGAAGCUUAGCUGCUGGUCUGCCAAAAUCUCGGCUGCCUGAGUUUUCUCCUGAGGAGAUAAAGAGAAUUAAGGGUACCUAUGAUUAUUUUGGGUUCAACCAUUACACCACUGUCCUGGCAUUCCCUGUGGACUAUGGAAACCUUCAGCACUAUGAUGCUGAUAGGGGUGCAGGGACAAUAGCUGAUCGUAUCUGGCUGGAUUCAGGCUCAUCCUGGCUGAAGGUCUCACCAUUUGGAUUCCGGAGGAUUUUAAACUUUAUAAAGGAGGAAUAUGGAAAUCCACCUAUUAUCAUCACUGAGAAUGGCAUGUCAGAGCGUGGGCCUAUUGACCUAAAUGAUAUUCACAGGAGCUACUACUAUGAAAAAUACAUCAACCAGGUGCUGAAAGCUUACUUGCUAGACAAUGUGGAUAUCCGUGGUUACACAGCUUGGUCUCUGAUGGACAACCUAGAAUGGGCCACUGGCUUUUCAGAGAGAUUUGGCCUUUUCUACGUCAAUCGAUCAGACCCUAAACUUCCUCGCGUGGCCAAGACCUCUGUUGCCGUCUACUCUACCAUCAUCAAUUGCAACGGAUUCCCCGACCCCACCUCAGGGCCCCAUGAGUGUCUAAACCCUGUGCCUGAAGGAACAAGUGCGCCGAUCACUGAUGACACUGUGAGAUUCCUGGGUAUGGAGCUGUCCACCAGUGAUGCUGAGGUCGGACUUAACACCACUUUUGCUCUGCUGAUUGUUGCAAUGCUCGGAGCUGUUUGUUCAUCCUUUUGCUUCUUUAUGGCAAGAAAACAAUCCAAGAGAAAACAGUAUUUAGAAACUUUCGACAUGAAGAUGAAAUUUUGA